AUGAAAUACUUCUGCGUCGCGCUCUGCGUCUUCGUCUGCGUUUCUGCGGCUCCUUACCGGUCAGUUCAAUCCAAUUUUUACAUUUUUUAUAUCUUCAACUUGUGUAAAACAUAAUAAAUAAAUCUGAAAAGGUUUAACCCUAUAAAACGCCUAGUAUUUUCACAGUUUCUUUUUUACCUAUUUUUUUCAUAUUCUUUCAUUUUCUAUCAUUCUCACGUCUUUCAAGGUUCAUCAGAUAAGGAACAGUAAUUUUUACAAAAAUUCAAAAAACAUCUCUUUCACGGAAAGUAGUUUGAAACAAUCUUGCUCCUUUGGCAGAGAAAAUAAUAAACAGGAAAGUUUAAAGCGUUUCAAGAAAGGUCAAUUGAAAUUACCACUAAAUUCAACUUGAUUUAUUGAAUGGGUACCUCUCGGUUACUUUGAAAUUCCGAAAAAAAAUCAGAAGCUAUGAGAUUCUUUUCAUCAGCCAUUUUCAGGAGCUGACUGUUCGAAAAUCAUGAAAAAAAAAUUAAGAACAAACUGGUCUUAUUAUCGAGCAAAAUAUGAAUAUUUUCAGAUCCAAGCGCGGAUCUUACGGACCACCAAGCGGAUAUUAUCCUCAGCAGUCGUCGUAUGGGCCGCCAUCCUACCAGAACGGCGGCGGCUACGGCAGACCUCAGAGCAGCUACGGACCUCCUCAAGGCCAGUAUGGUGGAAACAGCUACGGCAGACCUGGCUACGGCGGAAACCAGUACCAACAAGGAGGCAACUAUCCUAACGGCGGCUUCGAACAGCAAGGAGGAUUCCCCAAUCGAGGAUUGAACUCUGGUCCUGAAUUCGGCAACAACCAAGAAUUCUCUCGGGGUCCAGCUUUCGCUCCUCAGCAGCCCGCUUUCGACGCUAACAACGGCAACAGCGGCAAUCCUUCUUUCGGAGGUCAACCUAACUUCGGAGGUCAAGAGGCCGGAGCUGGAUUUGCAGCCGACGCGGCUCCAUCCGAACAAGGACCACCACCACCUCCUCUCGCUGCUGACGUCGCUCCAAAAACCACUGACUCGGUCUCCGAAACUUCCUCCACUGAUACCCACACGUCUCGAGUGUAA